AUGACACCAAUUUUUACGAUCGUACUUUCAAUUGCUUUUUUAAAAAAGCAAUUCACGACUAUGACAUAUAUCUCUUUGCUACCGGUUGUAUUGGGAGUUGUAUUUGCGACUGUAGGAGAUUAUUAUUUCACUACAAUGGGAUUCUUUUUAACUGUUCUUGGUACAAUAUUGGCCGCCUUGAAGACAGUUGUCACAAACAGGGUUCAAGUUGGUCGGCUUAAGCUUCACCCUUUAGAUCUAUUAUUGCGCAUGUCACCUUUAGCAUUCGUUCAAACUGUAAUUUAUGCUUAUGUUACCGGGGAAUUGCAGCGAGUUCGUGUCUUUAGUCGGACGGAAAUGACUGCGUCUUUGGUUUUUGCACUUAUUACAAAUGGUGUUAUCGCCUUCUUUCUUAACGUUGUAAGUUUCACAGCAAAUAAAAAGACAUCAGCUUUAACCAUGACUGUGGCUGCAGAAUCGAAUUGUCCGAACGUAAUCGAGCAGCAGUCCGAAUCCUAA